AAAAUCAAUAACUCUUCUGGCCCCGCCCCCUGGUAUCAGGACAGUGUGGCGCUCUGGCGCCCUCUCGCGGUCAGUCUCCGCGCCGCACCCUGCCGCACUUCUGUUUUUCCGCACAAGCGGAAGCAGAGCUCAUCGUUUCCGGACACAUGGUGCAGGGUGGGCGUGUCCUGUACGCUGAUGUAAACACAAAAUACGCCUCAUCCCCCGUCGGAUAAGUCACAGUGGAGCGAAUUGACGAGAUUAACCCGAAUAGCCACAGCUGCUCGGGGAAAACGCUCCGUGUCCGUCGUGUGUAAUAUGCGCUAGGAGCGCGGACGGACGACGCCAUGGACUUCUACAUCAACCUGAAGGUGAAUUUCAGGGGAAAUUCCAAAAAUUUCCUCCUGUCGGGAUCCGAGACCAAGAGCUGGGAGUCGAUGGAGGCCAUGGUGAAGCGCUCGUUUGGCCUGUGCAGUCUCCAGCUGACGUAUUUCGAUGAGGAGAACGAGGAGGUGUCCAUCAACAGCCAAGUGGAGUAUGAGGAGGCAUUGAAGAGUGCAGCGAGGCAGGGGAACAGACUGCACAUGAACGUGUACGAGACUCGGGGCCAGCCGGCGAGGGUUGCCACCACCAAAGCCAGUGGAACAGAGCCCAAGAGGGGCUUCAGACCCCCACAGCACUGCCCGGCUCUGGCCCAGGUGGUCAGCCGCAAAGUCCAGGCUGCAGUCCCAGAACAGGGCAUGCAGGUCAUCAUGAAAGAAAUAAAGGGAACCAAAGAAGAAGACAAGACUCCUCCCGCCUGGUUCACCUCCUACAUGGAGAAGUUUAAGGACCAGGUGGUUCGCGAGGCGGUGGAGAAGAUCUGCCGGGAGUUCUCUGGACAGUGCUGCAUCCACAAGCCCCUGGGGGGAGGAGGCGGAGGAGGUGGAGGAGGAGGAGGAGGAGGAGCAGGAGGAGGAGGGGGAGGUAGAGGGGAGGCAGUAGGAGGUGCUGAGGCCCAGCAGGUACCUGAGGUCUCCUCCUCCACUCUGCCUGGAGCUCCAACCUCUUCCACUCCUCCCUGCUCCUCCUGCAGGGGGCAGACCACCGGAGGAGGCUACCAGUGCAGUGUGUGCACCGCCUGUACUCUGUGCGAGCCCUGCAGUUUCUCUCAUGAUCCCAGUCACAACCUGGUGAGAGCCAGAACUCCUCUGUCCAUCCCAGAGCACGGAUCUCCUGCCCCGGACCACAGCAGGUUCUACAGACGAGGUGACCGCAGUUUCCGGAAGGCGGAGAAGCAGCGACUGAAAGCAGAGAAGCGCCUAUUGAAGGCUGAGGUCAAAGAAAUCCGUAAACAGUUGAGGAUGGAGAGGCGGGGCAUACAGUGGAGCUCCUCCCACAGAGAUGGAAGCUCCUCCCCUGUUCUUCUUCAACCUCGAGCCACCCAGCACAACAGUCCUGAGCGUCCGAAGCGACCCUGUCCCCUGGUGGUUCCAGCCAUGACUGCUGCAUUUCUAGACGAGAACCUUCCUGAUGGGACCCGACUGCGUCCCGGGACCAAAUUUAUCAAGUACUGGAAGAUGAGGAACACUGGAACAAUCAGCUGGAGCGCUGAUACAAAGCUGAAGUUCAUGUGGGGAAACCUGGCGGUGGGCUCCGGGGACCGUUGGAGAGAAGUGUCUGUUCCCUUCCUGCACCCAGGACAGGUUGGCAUAGUGAGCGUAGCGCUGUGUGCUCCCACUGUGGAGGGCUCUUACACCUCCCACUGGCGUCUGGCUCACGCUGGAGAGCAGUUUGGACCCAGGGUCUGGUGCAGUAUCGUGGUCGAUCCUCUGGCCCCAGCGCCUAUGAUGGCUGAUGGGAUACUAGUGUCACCCUGUGUCACACCGCAGGGUAAGAACCCUGUGGCAAAGGAUGGAAAAGCCUGUGCAGCUUCUAGGGAGCAACCGUUAAUGUCAGUGGACCAAGAAGAGUACUUCAUCCCCUCAGUUGACCUGCUCACUGCACAGGAUCUCCUGUCCUUUGAGCUGUUGGACAUCAACAUCGUCCAAGAAUUGGAGAGUGUCCCAAACAACACCCCUGCUGACAUGACUCCGUGUAUGUCCCCUCUGCCUCAAGACGGCCACCUGCAGGACAAGGGCAGCCCCUCUUUGGGUCUCAUCCAGGAAGAGACUGAAGUCAUCAACAGCAUCAUGGAUGUCCCUCAUGGUACUGGACCUGGAGCAGAGGGUGGAGGAGUCCCGGCUCAGGAAGAAGGGGAGGACGACAUCAGCGGGACUCAGUUUGUUUGUGAGACUGUGAUUCGCUCAAUGACCCUGGAGGAGGCCCCUGACCACGCCCCUCUGAGAGGGCCCCGCCCAGGAACAGGUAAAGUGGUGCGUCUGGCUGCUCAGGGCGGCUCCUCCUCCUCUUGUGUGAAGAGUAAAACGUUGAAAUCAGAGGAGAGUCCCGACAGCAGCCCCAGCAGCUCUAAAAAUGCCCUGAAACCACCGGCUACGCUGAAAGCUUCCCUCCCUCCCCCGCUGAAAGCCUCCCUGCCUGCCCCCCUGUCUGUGGCCUUGACCCCAGGACCCGGCCCCAGCUCAGCACCCACCCCGCUCCAUGCUCCGACCAGAUCCACAGCCACAGGCGAAGGUGAGGAGUCCCACAUGGAGAGAGAGAAGAACCCAGAGGAGGUCAAGGAGAACGAGGGAGAGGAGAAGAGAGAAGGGACGAGGAGUCGCUCCUCCUCCACCUCCUCAGAGGAUUACAUCAUCAUCCUCCCUGACUGCUUUGACACCAGUCGGCCGCUGGGGGAAUCCAUGUACAGCUCUGCUCUGUCCCAGCCGGGUGACAUCCCAGCCAAGAGCCCAACAGACACAGAAACCCCGUCUCAUGACCACUCGGGAGGCUCCACCCCUGACGGUGAGCUGGGUGAGGCAGACGAAGCUGUGGCGGCUCCAGGGACGGGGGUGUCGGGCACAAGCAGCGCCAACGACAUGCUCUGCACGUCUCAGACGCUGGACGAUGAGCCGCUGACGCCCGAGGUGGUGGCACCGCCUAAAGCCAUCGUCACACCCAGUCCAGAAAGCAGUGGAGAAGCAGAUGUUGACGCUGCUGUUGCCAGGGAAGGCACAGAGGGCUCUGAACUGUACCAAACUGAAGAUGCCUCUGGUCCUGAGCAGACUCAGACAGAUACUAAAGCUACUGAAGACACAGAGGAGGACAACCCUGAGGACCCCAGGCACCCUGGCAUCACCAGUGGCUUGGUCAAAGGGGCUCUGUCAGUUGCUGCUUCUGCCUACAAAGCUCUGUUCACAGGACAAGGCCCCGCACAGCCUCCAGUGGAUGCAUCCACCCAGGACACCAUGAUGGCCGUUCUAGUGGAGAUGGGCUUCGGGGACCGGCCACUGAACCAGCGGCUGCUGAACAAAUACAACUACAACCUGCUGGAUGUGGUCAACGAGCUCGUUCAGAUGACCGACAAUGACUGGUACUCUACACGCUACUGACGAGCGAGAGAGGAAGGAGUGUAGGAGGGAGGGGGGGGAGAAGGAGAUGAAACACAAUAAAUUAAAAGGAAAAAAGAGGAGCAUCUGCUCUGAUUGGAUGGAGAUCAAUCUUCUCUAUGACCACACAAGGAGACAUUUCAUCAAGCUUUCUGGGAUAACACUUUCCCACUGUCUGUCUGUCGUGUUACUUUCAGCUCCGGCUUUGAUAGUGGCAAGGCAGCAAGGAGAGAUGAAGAAAGACACAUGUUCCUAUAGUGUCAAAGGUGCUAUGUGUAGCAUUUGGCAUUCUAAAAAUGAAGACCACAUAUCCCACGAGCCUCACUGCAGCCUGCAAAGAUGGCAUUGAUCCAGUAACAGCAAAUGUACCAACAUUGUGAUUUGUUAGCGCUGAAAUGCUACACAUAGCACCUUCCUGCUUUGCCCUUUCACCCAAGACAGUGAUGAAGUACAAAGCAGCGAGAUAAUGUCAAGUAUCCACAUCUGCACUGAGAACAGAAGUGAGGAGAUCCACAUCACCGGUCACGAUUAAUCAAAACAUGUUCGCAUGCUCUUCAGUCACAGGUUGAACAUCCACAUGGAAGUUACGGUGUGGCUCAGAGCGCUGAUAUACUUGCUUUUAACUGCGUGUUUGUGUGAGCAUGAUGGUUCUUCCAUUCUGCUGGUGUAGCUCAUGAACAGGAAGACUCUGAACAAACCACAGUAACAAAGAUGAAAGUCUAUGAAUAAAAACGAAUGAUCGAUUCAUAGAGUGUCACCAGUUACCCAAAGUUCUGAAUGAGGAUUUUCCAGUGUUGGACUCAACCUGACUCAAACCUGUCACUUCUCCCACUCGGUUCCAGUAUGAAGGAGAAACUACACUGGCCAUUAAACUAAAAAGUCCUAUGUAGUGGCAGAAUUUAGUUUGUCCCUUCUGGGCUGCUGUCGAAAACAAAAUGGUGGACUCCAUUGAAGAGGACCUGCUCCCUCUUUAGAUAAGAAUAUAUAUAUACAUAUAUAUAUACUUGCACUGGGGCCACUUAUCCACACAUCGCUGUUGGUAAAAAGCAAGUAUAUCACAAGCCUUGGAGCUUAGUACAAAGUGAUUAUCUGUGCUCAUUUAGGUUAAAGUAUUUUAGUUUAUGGCUGCAUUAUUGUUAUUUUUAUUAUUAUUGUUGUUGUUUUAUAACUUGCUCAUGCUCAUAUCACUGGAGUAUAUAUAGGGUUUCCACACACCUCUUACUGUACUGUAUGCAUAACCUGCUGUAGAUGAGUAUAUAACUACUGAGAGAAGAUAAACAUUCCCUUAUAAACUUUGGAUUUGGAGAUAUUAUUUGCACUUAAAAACGUACAGGACACAGGGACCAUUCAUUCAGCAUAUUUUCCGAAUAUUGAACUUUAACACAUGUUCAGCCUUACUUUUAAGCAUCUUCACUGGACCUUGUUGUUGUCUUGAACAUGUUAGCUGGCUCUUACAAUAAGGAAUCUGUGUUCCCUAAACCUUCUGGUCUAAAGGACUGGACUAAAGGGGUCAGUAUGCUUCAAACUAACUUUGCUCUUUAGUCAUAGUUGUUGGACUCUUUUUCGGUUCUGUCAUCUUGUAAGAUAAGAUAAGACUUGUUUGGUUCGUUUUAAACAAACUUUAACAAACAGUGUGUUCGCCUGUUAGGUUUGCUUUUUUCUAUAGGCAGUGAAAAAUGAGGGUCUCUGUCUGGCUCCAGGCUAAUUGUAAUGCAUGCACCUCAGCAUGAGAGUCUGGGGAUUUAAAACAGCAUGUUGAGCACAUCCGGGAGUUCCUCAUGAAAGAGUAAACAGUAUUAUGAAAUUAUGAAUCCUGUUUCUACUUGGUUGUUGUUGUUGUUGUUGUUGGGACAGUUGCUAAUGAUGCAAGAUGACAUCAUCAAAUCCAAUAAAUGAGUCGCCUGUCAGUCCAUAUGACUUCACAAUAACAGCUUUUGGUUGAACACGAAACAGACCAGAAAAAGUUCUAACCCUAACCCUAACCCUUCUAAUCUGCUUUUUGUCCUUAGUCGGGAACAAAUGAACCAAACUACAGGUGUGACAUCAACCUUAAACUGUAGUUUGAAGCAUACUGAGGACUCUAGUUUGGUAUUAGUCUGUUUCUCUUUUGUUCUUUGAACGUCACGCGUGACACAGAGCUCAGCCCGAGACAAACAGCUGCUUAAAGUGACUGUAUUUAGUCGAGUUAGAUGGGUUAAGUUUAAUGACUUCAAAUAGUACUGAGCUGAGUUAAAUCCCUUCAGCAAAGCUCAGUUGUUUCCACAUCCUUUUGUCACUCCUCGUCAUCUGGUGUGUGCUUCUUCGAAGUGGUCAGGUGUGGGGACUGAUACUCCUGAAGGACGUGUACUUCCUUUGGUGGAGCACUUUAAGAGCACGUACAGUAACAGUAAGGUCAUUCCAAACUUAAACUGGGGGGAAAAAACAGUGUGUAACAAUGUGAAAAUGUGUUUUUUUUUCCACUACACAAAUGUGCGAAUAUAUACAGAACCUGCUAGUUGGAAGCAAUGACAGUUGACUUCAUUUGUUUAAGUUAAGAGUUAAGAUUGUUUUUGCUUCGAAUGCUUGAAAGCUGUUUGGAAAUGUAAAAAAAAAAAAAAAAAAAUAGAGCUGUGGAUGUUGUAUUUUUAGGCUUAUUGUGUGGUGGUUACAUUUGCUCUGCUGUAUGUGUGUGUGUUAAUGUUUUCCUUUGUAAAAAGAAAUGUUACCAGAUUGAUUGAAGAUUGUGUUUUAGUUUGCCAAUGAGAGGAUUUGAACGAUUUUGGGGUUGGAGAAAUCAUUUUAAAAAACAGCACUUGUAGGGUUAUUAUUAAUGUCAUGCAUACAUAAUACAUGAAUCUGUGGUCCAAAAAAAGAGUUUAGAGGUGUUUACUCUGCGUUUUUGUUUUUUUGGCCAGGCUGCAAAGUCGAAUAAAAACUGCAAUGAAGUUAAAAGGAACUGUUCGAUAUUCAGGGAAAUGUAUUUGUUUGAUGCCGUCUAAUUGUCGGCAGUGUAUUUCCCAUAACGUCGAGUUGCUCCUUUGAGGUUUAGGCGUCAGAUUAUAUCUUAACUGAGCGAUUUCCAUCUUUGCAGCUCGGCCAAAAAAACAAAUAUUUAAACUGCUGACAAACUUGACCCAAGAGGACUUUGUGUAUAUGUGGUGAUUUUAAUUAGACAUCUUCCACUCAGCAGCGCUCAUUUUACUAAACCAAAGUUCUCCGAAUGAGUUUGAGUACAGUUUUAUACACUGUUGAGUUCACACAGCCAGUCUUACUUACAGGUUAACGUGAUGAUAAGGGGGCUGUGAUGAUAAAUGUUUCCCCACAUAAUCAUAAUUAAAACAUGUUUUGGUGUUAAAAGUAUUUAAAAAUGGGAACUUUGACAAUGAGACAUAUAUUUUUGAAGGUGUCAGUCUGAGUUCAUCUCCUGCUACAUAUACACAGUUCCUGGGGCUGUUAUCCACCAUAGUUCACCUAAGCCUUGUGUCAUGUAUUCCAGGGUUUCUUGUACAUCUUGAAUCACAUUCACUCAACUGAAUGUCACCACAGUCCCUUUGAAAAGAGUGUUUCAUACCCGCCAUCCAGACUCCCGUGUGAUGAAAUGGACCCUGGCUGAAAUGUGUACUUGAUGAAGGUGAAGAGUUUCACGUACUGUACUGUAUGUCAUUUUGCUUUAAAUUAACAUGUAAGGGGGUGUGAGUACUGGUGAAGUAAUUAUGGAGGAAGAGAAAAGCUGGAUUGUUUAAGCUUUUUUUCUGUGUUGCACUUUAUGAACAUUGUUAUGAUGUACAAAUCAAUCUGUCUCCAAUUAAAGUCACUACACUCAUGAAGGA